AAUAAGUCCAUCCGUGACAUUUUCUUGUUACUAAAUAUUCCACGGUCAACUGUUAGUGGUAUUAUAACAAAGUGGAAGCAACUGGGAACAACAGCAACUCAGCCACGUAGUGAUAGACCACUUAAAAUGACAGAGCGGGGUCAGCGCAUGCUGAAGCGCACAGUGCUCAGAAGUCGCCACCUGUCUGCAGAGUCAAUAGCUAAGGACCUCCAACUUCAUGUGGCCUUCAGAGAGCUUUGUGGAAUGGGUUUCCAUGGCCAAGCAAGUCUUACAUCACCAAAUGCAAUGCAAAGUGUCAGAUGCAGUGGUGUAAAGCACACAGCCACUGGACUCUAG